GAAAACCAGCUGCUGCCGCUCCUUACCACUUUGUCCGAGAAGGGCCCUGCAGUCGUAUCCGUGGAUGCGGAGGCAUGGACAAUCUACGAUGGUGGCAUUUUCAACGGCUGUCAGAAGGACGCCACCAUCAACCACGCAGUCCUGCUAGUUGGCUAUGGCCAGGACAAGAAGGGACAGAAGUAUUGGCUGAUUCGAAACUCGUGGGGUGCCGACUGGGGCGAGGAAGGCUACAUGCGUUUGCUGCGCCAUGA